ACCAUUCCCGUCAAAACUUUUUAUGUGCUCUACGGCUUUCCGACAAUUUAUUGAGCAAACUUUCCCAAGGAACCCAUAUGUUUUGAAGGCUCUAACUAUUGAAAAACAAUGAAAAAGCUGCGAAGUAGCACUUUAGCCCUACCGUCUCCUAUAUUUUAUUUCACCCCAAAUCCCGUUAAACCCCUUUCUCCUCUAUGGCUCGACCGCAGCGAUGUGGUGAGUUUCUGAUGCGAACUGUCAGAGGUUUGUUAUUGUUAUUUUUUUGCUUUCUAACCAAAAAAUCCGCGUAAACAAUAUCUACGGUACGAUUUUGUUCGUUUCAUUUCGGGAUCUGGCCUUUUCCGGUGCUCCAUUCCGUAGUACAGUAUUUUUGCAGACCUGAUCCGGCUCGUUGGUGAUUGCCAUUUGUCAUUCCGCAGGAGGACGUCGAAUUGGUGCACAUUAAGUGUGCCCAAGUCCAUAUACGGAACUUCGUUAUGAUGUUCGUGUUCACUUUUGAGAAAUUGGGUGUCCAAUCACUGAACUGGGCCAACAUUAUGAAAAUCAUGACGAAAGGCCCGGAUGGCUUCUUCGACAACGGUGGCUGGACGUUCUUGGAUCCGGAAUCGGACGGCAAAGGCAAACCCAACGACGAUACCGAGGACAAAGAGGAUGACGCUUACGAACCGACCAAAAUUGAAGAUGAAUUUUAUUCGGUGGAGUUCUCGGAAGCGUCCGACAGGGACGGUAGUGGCAGUGAUGAUUUGAAGAUGGGCAAGGAUUGGUCAGUAGAAUAA